UUUAUUGGGUUGUAUUAUGUCAACAGUACAUUUUUAUAGGGACGUAUAUGUCAAUGACACAUAACUGAAAAGCGACGUCGUAUAGGACGUUGACCCUUGAAGAUUGAGAUCGCAGGCCGCUUUACAAAUUCGGAGCCCUCAUCCGUCGGUAUCGUCGUAGAGAUGCCGUCUGCUAAACCCUUCUCUGCCGCCGCAGGCAUGCUUCGAUCACGGCUUACCUCCACACUCCGGCAACGUAGCGGCGAUGGUCCUAGCCGGUGGACCACCCCAGGCCACCAGGACCGCCCUAACGGAUACUUUCUGAAUCGGACCCCUCUACCACCGGGCCAGUCAAGGAAGUGGGAAGAUUGGGAGCUACCUUGUUACGUCACUAGCUUCCUAACCAUCGUCAUCCUCGGCGUCGGACUCAACGCCAAGCCCGAUCUAACCCUAGAGACGUGGGCCCACCAGAAAGCCGUAGAAAGACUCGAGGCUCAGCGACAGAUCCUCGCGGCGGAUGAUUCUGAUUGAUUGUUGAGUCUUCUGUUCCAUGGUAAACUUGCCUUAUGUUUUUGACUUCGGGUGUUAUUGGGGCAUAUCUCCAAAUCACUGGACUAAUAUGUAAAAUCUGUGAACUUAGAUUUGUUCAUAUGUGGUUUUAUCAGUUCUUUCUGAUAAUAAUGCGUAAUUGAAGC